CUCCGCUAGCAGCGUCCCCUCAGUGUAAUUAGUUGAGACGCACCGGCUCCAUCAACCUCCCGGUGCCGUUAGGACGGAACAGACUCUCCCUUAAACUCACGGUACCGACAGACCCGGACCACCGACGGGACGCAGCGUAGAGGCGUCCAUUGAUCCAAUAAGUGAAGAUGAUUAAGCUUUUUUCCCUGAAGCAGCAGAAGAAAGACGAGGAGUCUGCAGGAGGAAACAGAACAGGAGCUGGGGGGAAGAAAGCCAGCGCGGCCCAGCUCCGAAUACAGAAAGACAUUAAUGAGUUGAAUCUUCCAAAAACGUGUGAGAUCAACUUCCCUGAUGAUGACGACCUGCUGAACUUCAGACUCAUCAUCUCCCCAGACGAGGGCUUUUACAAAGGAGGAAAAUUUGUCUUCAGCUUUAAGGUAGGACAGGGUUACCCCCAUGACCCCCCCAAGGUGAAGUGUGAGACGAUGGUGUAUCAUCCCAAUAUCGACCUGGAAGGAAACGUCUGCCUAAAUAUCUUAAGAGAGGACUGGAAGCCUGUGUUGACAGUAAACUCCAUCAUCUACGGUCUACAGUAUCUAUUUCUAGAGCCGAACCCCGAGGACCCGUUGAACAAGGAGGCAGCAGAAGUCCUUCAGACGAACCGGCGGCUCUUUGAGCAGAACGUGCACCGCUCUCUGAGGGGCGGAUACGUGGGCGCCACCUACUUCGAGAGGUGUCUUAAAUAACUUGGCGUCCCACAAUUCUCAAAACCCCCUCACCUCGCCACCCCCCACCUCCUCGUCAACACUCCUCCCCUCCUGCCCCCCCAACCCUCUGCCUCCCGCCUCCUUCCUGCCACUGCUCGUUGGCAGGAGCUGCAGCGACACAAAGCAGCUCGCCACAAGACGCUUUCCUGUUUUUUAAAAGUAAAGACGAAAUUCCACCCUCUGCUCCUCCUCCCUUCAUCCAUCAUCCCUUCAUCCAUCAUCCCUCCAUCAUCCCUCCAUCAUCCCUUCAUCCAUCAUCCCUCCAUCAUCCCUCCAUCAUCCCUUCAUCCCUCCAUCAUCCCUCCAUCCAUCCCACCCCUCUCAUAUUUCUCUGUUUUACUUACAAGAUGCAACAGGAAACCGUUUACAUGCCACAGGGAGACGGCGACACACAACACUUACCAGAACUGGACUCAAAGUAUCGGGGGGGGGGGGGGGGUGGCGUUGCUCGAGCAAGUUGAUGAUAAUGACAUGAUUUUCUUUUAUCUGUAUUUUGUGUGUGUGGCUAAGACACCUGCGUCACACAGGUAGACUGAAGGCCCCCCCCCCUCAGAGUCCGGCUGGUUACCCUAGCAACCCGAGAGCAACCAUAACAACCGCUGACUUGCACCAAGACUUCAGGAA